UUUUCAUCUUUCACAUUUCUACAAUUAUUAAUAUGUUUAAAGCUAACAAACUGAGGCGGCAACAGGCAGUACGCCAACACAGAUAUAUCCAAUUCCAUUCCCAUUUCCAAUUGAGUUCAAUUGAAGUAAGCAAUGGGACAAUGGCACAUCACUUAUGGAUCGUUUUGGGAGGCAAGGGAGCAAGGAGGCAGGGCGAUAAUGCGCGAGCAGAGGUGCAAUGCAAAUGCAAGCAAAUGCGUGAUGUCAUCCCAGAUCCCCCACAAGGGCACACACAUCGAACAACCGUCCAGAGCAAUUGCAUUUUGCAUGCCAUCAAAGCAGAGAGAGGAGACAAAUCGCACCACAAUCACAGCAGCCCCCUUCCAACAAUGUACCCCACCCUUCCCGAGGUCAUUGCCAACUUUUCACUGACUUUACCAAAUCUUACGUUUGAAUCGCAUAUCGCACGGCUCGGAUUAAUGGACAUUAAAGGACAUUAACACUUAGAGCAGAUUUAUUUUGUCAGACAACAACUGGUCUGAAAAGCGUAAUGCUGGACUCGAGACGCACAAGCGAAUGCUGCAAAAGAGAAUACAUAGUAAAAAA